GUCCUCCUGACGAAGAGCCUGCCCAGCGUCAUCUGGCACGGCUCCCAUAUCACGCCUGAGGUCGCUGGCGAGAAGCGACCCCCAAUAGACAACGACUUCUUCGGCAACGCGGUGCAGAUCGACUCGCUCUCUUCACCAUCACGACAGAGUAUUUCACAAUGGCAUCCAGUGACAGCAGCUGCAGCAGUUCUUCGUCAGCCACCAAAACUCGGCGUCGACGGCCUCGCAAAGAACGUGAGCGUGAGCGCAGAGACAAAGACAGAGGAGACGGCAGCCAUUCCCGCAGUGAUAGAGGUGAACGAAGUGAUAAGCAUAGACCCGAAUGUCCUCCUUCUCAAGAUCGUGACAGACGACGAGCGGAACGUGAAGCCCUCGAGAGCGACCCCAGAGGCGAAGAUGCAUUACAGCGAGAAGACCCUUGGACAGGAACACAGAGACCUUCUGGACCAGCUCAAGUGGCUUCCUUCAUACGUGCUGCAGAAGACGCGGCUACACUACCUGGCACGUGGAUUCGUGCCCGACGACAAUUCGUUGGAGCAGCGUCUCAGCCAGCUCUUCACCUCCCAGAUCGAGUCGGCCACCACCAGGCUCCAGAACGAGUCCGAGGCCAUCAUUCGUAACGCUCAGCAAGCUCUUCAAGGGGAACUUCAGCUCGUUCUCGGACAUGUGCGGCAGCAUGGAGGCAGGCUGGACGCCAUGGACACCUCAGUCCGCGAGCUCAACCAGCGCACGCACAUGGUGGAACAGGAGCAGCAGCAGAUGCGGCACGAA